AUCACGAAAGUCUAGGGUGCUGUCAUUGCCUUUUAAAAAUAUAUCCCAGAGAAACCUUGAAAAGAAGCUUCCUGGAGAGAUCAAGAAAUGCAGAGGAGUGCCAGAGAAGCUGAUACAAUGCGAAGUCAGGUACUGUUUCCCUUCCUGCUGUCUUUGUUCUGCGGGGCCAUCUCCCAGCCCAUUCGAUACUCAAUUCCAGAGGAGCUGGCCAAGGGCUCUCGAGUGGGGAACCUCGCCAAGGAUCUGGGGCUCAGUGUCCAGGAGUUGCCAGCUCGAAAACUGCGGGUUAGUGCAGAGGAUUAUUUCAGUGUUAGUGCAGAGAGUGGGGACUUGUUAGUGAGCGGCAGGAUAGAUAGAGAGAAGAUUUGCGGGAGAAAAUCUGAGUGUGCACUGGAAUUCGAAUCAGUCAUUGAGAACCCAAUGAAUAUUUUCCACGUGAUUAUUGAUAUCCAAGAUAUUAAUGACAAUGCACCAUGUUUCAUUGCAAAAGAGAUUGAAUUAGAAAUUUGUGAGUCAGCAUUACCAGGGGUAAAAUUCCCUCUGGAUUCUGCACAAGAUGCAGAUGUAGAAAGUAAUUCACUGAAGAUAUAUACUAUUAGCCCCAAUGAAUACUUCUCUYUGUCGACAAAGGAAAGUCCGGAUGAAAGUAAAUAUCCAGAAUUGUUGCUGGAAAAACCUCUAGACAGGGAACAUCAGAACUCCCAUCGCUUAAUCCUAACCGCCAUCGACGGUGGGGAACCGCCUCUAAGCAGUACCACCCAGAUUCGGAUCAAAGUCACUGACGCCAACGAUAAUGCUCCGGUGUUCAGCCAGGACAUAUACAGAGUUAGUCUCAAAGAAAAUGUGCCCCAGGGAACUUCUGUGCUGCGAGUGACKGCCACAGACCAGGACGAAGGCAUUAAUGCAGAGAUCACCUAUGCCUUCCUCAAUGCUCCUACAAGUGCUAGCCUCAUUUUCCAUCUCAAUCCAAAUACGGGCGAUAUCACAACUAACGGUACAUUGGACUUUGAAGAAAGAAAUAGAUACGUGUUGGGUGUGGAAGCCAAGGAUGGAGGGGUGCACACAGCUCAUUGUAAUGUUCAGAUUGAAGUUGUUGAUGAAAAUGACAAUGCCCCAGAGGUGACAUUUAUGUCCUUUUCUAACCAGAUUCCAGAGGACUCAAACCUUGGAACCAUAAUAGCCCUCAUUAAGGUGCGAGACCGGGAUUCUGGGCAAAAUGGUCUGGUGACCUGCUAUAUUCAGGAAGAGGUUCCCUUUAAAUUAGAAUCCACUUCCAAGAAUUAUUACAAGCUGGUAAUUGAUAGGGCCCUAAACCGGGAAGAGACCGCAGAGUACAAUGUUACCAUCACAGCCACCGACAGGGGCAAGCCAUCCCUUUUCUCCACAGCAAGCGUUACCCUCUACAUCGCGGACAUCAAUGACAAUGCGCCGGUUUUCCAGCAGGCUUCCUACACCGUCCACAUAGCUGAGAACAAUCCACCUGGAGCCUCCAUCGCUCAGGUCAGUGCCUACGACCCGGACUUGGGCCCCAAUGGCCAAGUCUCCUACUCCAUCCUGGCUAGCGACCUGGAGCCUCAGGUACUGUCGUCCUAUGUGUCCGUGAGCGCACAUAGUGGGGUGGUGUUCUUGGCCUUGAUUUCUGUGCUGUUCCUUCUGGCGGUGAUUCUAGCUAUUGCUCUGCGCCUGAGACACUCCUUCAGUUCUGCUGCCUGGGGUUGUUUUCAGUCUGGUCUCAGCUCGAAGUCUGGACCUGUGGUUCCCUCCAACUACAGCGAGGGGACUAUACCCUAUUCCUACAAUCUAUGCGUUGCCUCGCAUUCUGCAAAGACAGAGUUUAAUUUUCUCAACAUAACACCGGAAGUGGCUCCUYCUCAGGAUCUUCUAUGUGAUAAUCCUUCUAUAGCUGGUUGUGCCAAUAAUGAAGACCUUAAACUCUCCUAUGAUUCUUCUUUUUCCUCUCAGGUAAGUUUCCAUAAACCUAUCUACAUUUUUAUACACUGUAUUUGCUUCUCCAUUGUGCAUAAUUAA